AAACGACUUGAACGGAAGUGGGAUAUUUGAAAUUUGUCAGUUGGGGUUGAGCCCCGUCCCUUCUGGUUUUAAGGAAAGUGGUCAAAAACAACGCAAAAAUGGUAAGAACUUGUCAACUAUUCUUGUUUAUCAACGCGAUAUUCAACGUGUUCAACAUCAGGUGAGUAAAUGUAAGCCACCUGAGAACUGUCUAGCGGACUUAGCUGCGUUAAUAACACGGGGGGCCAACAUGUCAGCCUGCUAAGUAAGCUAAGCUAACUCGGAUUGUAAACACGAAAGAUUAAACUCUUUUUCAGGAGAAAAAUGAACCUAAAAAGCUGUCAUUUCUCUUCAGCAAGUGUCCCACUUACAAAGUAUGCAGCAAAGAUGUUGCGUAAAUGUGAUAAGUCAGUGUCACAUGUGGAUGUUUGGAUCAUUUUAUCGUCGGUAUGCAGACCACAUCCUUGUAGCUGUGCUAUUACAUUAGUAUUCAGUUUCUUCAGUGGAUUUCUCACUUACAGUUAGAAUCAGCGUGUUACCCAUUUCCAAAAUACACUGUGAUGCAAAGUUAAAUGAUAGUUUAACAAUAACAACCGGGUUCCCAAAGCUUUUGUUUGAUUUAAGAUGAUGCACAAGUAGCAUAUCAAAUGCCGCAAAGAAACGUUUUUUUUUCUGUCGCAUUUGUCAGAAAAAUAUGGCCAAUACAGGCUAUUUAAUGCACAGAAAAAAAGCUAUAGAAAUAUCCAGAGAUGCCAGCAACUCCUCUGGGCCCAUCCCUGUUCAAGAUGGACCGUAGCAGAGAGAAAACUUUCAUGUGGUCUAACAAAUCCAAAUUGAACAGUCUUUUUGGAAAUCAUGAAUGUACCAGCCUCUGCCCUUAAGAGGGAAUGGACCACCUGGCUUAUGCUAUAAUUGCAUAGUUCAAGAGAUAGUGGCCCCCAUAGUUUGGGGAUGUUCAUAGCAUGGGUAGAUGACAAAUUUGGGAAGGCGUUGUGCAUUAAAGCUGCAUAGCUUUGUAGUAGAAGAGUCCAGGUACCCAAUGGCCAGCCUGCCGUCCCCACCUGUUUAACCUACUGAAAAUAUUAAACAAAUCAUGAAACAGAAAAGGAAAACAAUAAAAAGAAAAUCCUUUUAAUAAUGUAAGAAUGAAUUUCCACUUUAAAAACUCCAGAAUCUGUUCUCUUUAGUUUUAAAAGUUUAAAAGAAGAGGUGAUGCAACACAAUAGUAAACAUGCGCCUAUCCCAACAGCUUUUAAAGUGUUGCUGGCAUCAAAUUUAAAAUAAGCAUGUACCUUUCAUUAAACAAGAACAUUUUUUCCAGUUUCUGUAUUUGGCAUGCUGCUGCCUUCACACGUUUUUCAGUCAGAGGGUUUGAAUUAUUUGCAGACCAUAAAAUUCUCCUGGGAAGUAGGGCUGUAAUCUUACAAAUGGGUAUGGUGUAAAUGGUGUCACAAAAUAAGUCACACCAUGUCUACCCUGUCAUCACAUCUGCUAUUCAAUUUCAGAUGGAAGAAGAGGAGCAUACAGACAGGAAGCAGCAGCUUGCCAUGCUUUAUCAAAAGCUCAACAAAAUUAAAAAGUAUCUCAAUGAAGGUAAUGGUGUAUCAAGAUGUCACAGUAAAUCUCUAUAGGUGAGUGUUUUAUGCCCAUGCUUCAUGAAGAAAUAAUUACACAAUGGACUUUUUUUUUACAGAUGAUACAGACAAUAUUAACCGGGUCAUUGGCUCAAACUCACCUGAAUCAUGCCACUCAUACUUGACUGACCUGGAAAAGAAAGGAAACCCUCAGUUGGAUCGAAACCACCUCACCAGACUCCUUGACUUUUACACCAGGGUUUUCUCUAAUCUGCCUCUGGGAAAACACUGUCAAAAUGAGAGCUAUGCCAGGAUGUUGGUCAGAUUUGCAGAGCUGAAAGCGUGAGUAACCAUGAUUUUACCUUUCAUGUUAAAGACUGUUUGUAUCUUUAGCAGUGUGAGCAAGUUUGAAGGGAUUAUCUAUUUUGCUGUGCUUUCUAAGCUACAUCAAGUUUGGUGUUUAGUGUUUUUCCUGUUCUGUCAUAAGAAUCCAAGAUGUGACUGAGGCAGAAGCCAACUUCAAUGUCGCGAGAUCCCACAGCCAGAGCUUUGCAUUUGUUCAUAUUGCACAUGCAGAGUUUGAACAGGCUCGAGGUACAUAGAUUUGCUGUUUUUUGUUUGUUUGUUUUUUCCGAUCUUUACUCGUUAUUUUGGGGUAUUUCAUUGCCAACUGUAUCAUCAUCUUACCAGGCAACACAAAGCGUGGCAUUUACAUAUUGAGGAAUGCAAUUGAACUGGGGGCCAAACCAAAGGAGCUGCUGGAGGCUGCCUUACAAAGCAUGCAGACAGGAAAAACACACCUUUUCAGUGCAGAGGACAAGGAGAACAUAUCGGGUGAGUUAAGUUUCUGUCAAAUUAAACAAUACCUGAUAUAAGAAAAAGAACUGUGAUAGGUGUUACAAUGAAAUGUUAUUUCAAGUUUUGUAAACUUUUCUGCCUGCUUUUUCCUCCUGUCAGUUUUUCCAAACAGUACUGUGCACAAUUCUGUCCAAAAAGGAUCAGAACAAAAAAAAGUCAGCAGAAUAUCAGAUGGGACAGGCGAUCUCCAGCUUUCCAGCAUUUUCGGUUCAGGGUGAGAACAAAUAACUUCCUCGGUGUAAAAUUAGGCCUGUGCUCUAUCUGAUGAAUAUGACAGAUCAUGCUAAUCUCUUACCCACAGAACUGAGCUUCCUUGCGGAUCAUCAGAUGACCAGCUACCUGGCUGGAGAUCUGGAUCCCAACGGAAGAGAGCAGUGGGCAUGGUGAGAGUCGUAUUAUUUUCAACUCAUACAUAGUUUUAAGCUGAAAAGUUUUGUUUGAUUUAAUUUUUCUAACUUGUUUUUAUAUUCCAGCCCAUGAGAGUUCCUAUAGUGCCGUUCUCUAUCCCAGAAAAGGAUAAUGACGAAGACUACAUUUAUGAGAAUCCCUCAAAGAGAGCUGAUGCCGCAGUUCACAGCAGUCUGUCUAGGUAACAUUUCUCCUCAAAUGUGUUUCAGUAUGUCCCUCUGAAACUUUUUAAAACCUGAUUUUUAAUUCUCACAAAGUAUAUUACAAAUUAUGUUGGUGGAACUUUUUCAAAAUUCUAAGAGCUUGACUUGUAACACUGCUGUCAUGGAAGUAUACUGAUCUGAGACUAUUGGCUAGCUCUAAGAGAUGUAGUUAUUGAAUCAUGUUUAGUCAAAUCAAAAUUUAGUUCAAGAAUACAGUGUGCUAAAUAUUUCAAUCAAAUUACUUGUAUUAACUGUUAUGUUGGUUUGUUCUAUUUUUUUUCCUCAGGCAAACAUCUGCUUCAAGUUUGAAUUCAGUAUCUGGGCUAAUGUCCUCAAAGAAAACUGGUGUUGAUAAAGAUCUCCAUGUGAGUGUAACACAGUGUAACCCUUUGUUUUAUUUUUAAACUAAACUCCAGGAUUUUUGUAUCAGUCCUUUUAAAAAAUAUAAAUUUCUGUAAAAGAAAUAAGUAUUUUAUCUCUCUCUGAAACCCCUGUGUUCAGCCACAACCCAUCAGCCCAGAACAUGUCUCAUGGGAGGACCAGGCAGCUGUGGACUCCACCACCACACUACUUCACACGCACAACACAAAGGACACUUCAAGAAUGGAAGGUACUGAUUAUCCUGAGUCUGUAUAUGUCCUGCAGUUCAUAGAGACACAAUUAAAACUUGAGGUCUCAUUCAUUUGAUAUUGUAUUUCUUUUUUGGCAGAUGUCACAUACAACUUUGACCAGGUCAUCAAUACUCAUUCCCCCGAGUCAUGUUGGACAUAUCUUAGGAACCUGGAAAAUAUGGGCAACCCUCACACAGAUAUCAACCUCCUGAAUAAACUCAAGGACUGUUAUUCAAAGAUCUUUUCAAGGCUGCCCAUAAGACAAUUCAGCAAAAACACCACUUAUGCCAGAAUACUGGUCAGAUAUGCAGAACUCAAGGGGUGAGUGUGUGGGUGAUGAUAAUGUUUUGUCUGCGUUACAGCCUUUAGACUAGGAGGUGUUUGUGUCAAAUACACAGCAUAACGAUGUGUGGUUUUAUAACAUUUAAAAUGGAAAUCACACAUUUAUAUUAGUCAGUUACACUGUGAACCCUCAUAUCAAUUUGAGUCUUCUCUUCAUAGAGUGCAUAGGGACUGUGUGUCUGUCUGUAUAUUAAUGAUUGACACCCUUCCAUGUAUAGAAGUCUCUGUUAAUGUAAUGUCUGCCUGCUCUUGCUCUGGAGCUUUCAUUUGUUGCACACAGCUCCUCAAAAUCUCAACAGACUAAACUUUGACAUCAAAGUUUUGUCAGGGGCUUACACAUUAUAAUCUCAUGUAUUUUUCUUUUGAAGGAUUGAAGACCCAGAUGAAGCUCAAGACCACUUUAUAGUUGCAAGAUCCAACUGUAAAGGCUUUGCCUUUGUCCACAUAGCACAUGCCCAGUUUGAGGUUUCCCAAGGUAUGUCUUUUUUUUAUUACCUUUUGAAUUGGUCUGAUAUAAAGAAUAUACUGACACAUACCAAAUUAGCACUUUUACAGAAUUACAUGUAGUUUUUCAAACUGGUUCAAAGCUAAUUCCUAUCCUGAACUCUUAAAUGAACACCAGGCUGAUAGAAAUGAGAAUUUCUAACCACUCUAGCUUUUGUAUGGUCAGUGGAGUGAUCUGAAGUAUUUUGUUUUUUCCCCUCAUCCUCUCUUUUUAAGGUAAUGUGAUUAAAGCCACUUCAAUUCUGCACAAAGCCCAAGCAUUAAAUGCAAAGCCAGCGGAACUUCUGGAGAUGGCCCUACGAAACCUGAAGGCUGGGGAGGGACAACUUGUGCCCACAGGGGAGGAGGAACACUCCACAGGUACACAUUCAUAAUGCACAGUCCUGGACUUGACAACUGAAGUGUUCGUUCCAUCUGAAAUAACAUUUUACUUUUUGGUGGAUUUGCUAACAGAUGUUCCAGUAAGCAUGUCUACAUGUGAGGGAAACCAAGAUCCUCAGCUUCCUGCUCGGGUUCCUGUGAACCAGUCAGUGGAACAUCCUAAACCUGCCUGCAAAGAGCCUUUAGCAGAGUGGAAGAUGCCAGCAAUGGUCAAUCGUCAUGUUUCCCCAGAGGUCUGAUUACAUUUUAAUGUCUGAUUUAUGAAGAGCAGGGCUUUUAAAUGUUUCAUAAACAUUACUUUACACAGUCUACAGUAUUUUUAGGACAGUUGUACAACAUUUAGGGAAGCUGUUAGGUGUCUGAGUAUCUGUUUUUGUUUUGUCUGACCUUUCUUGCUUUCAGAUUUGGAGAUUAAGUACUUGAUUGAUGUUUUUGUCACUGUAGUAACAACCUAUUAGGGUCUUCUAGUUCCUUUUUGAUUAUCGGAAUUUAUUACCCAUUAAAAUCAUUUAUCAAUCAAAUAAGAUUCAGUUGUUUGACAAAUCUUGCAUUUACUUUCUUUGUAGGAAAAACGCACAACACCUUCAGACUUCAGAGCUACUCCUUGUGUACAGGAGUCUCUCCCCACUCCAUCCGUUCAUCUUCCAUCCAGGCUGAACCCACAAACCGUCUGUCAGACACCAAACAGCUACAGAAAUCCACCUGCUAACAGGUAUUAUCCUCACUUUGGUUUUUCCCAGUUUGAAACACCAUCUGAUGUCUUCAGGUGUGUCUUGUUGUUGUCUUAGAAUUUUUGUAGUAAUACUGACUUCGUUUCUUUCAGCUUUGUGACUCCUGUUGUAAAGAGAGCUCCUGAAAUGUCGUCUUCUGCUGUGGCAGCACACAGAGCUGGACCUGUCCAGCAGCCAUGCACCCCUGUAUACCAAGGGCCUUGUUUCCAAACUCCACAGGUACCACAUAUUUAAACAGUUUCUACCACUGUCUUGCAGAUUACAUCAUACUUUUACAGUUCUGAUACAUAUUACGCAUGCAAUGCAAUAAACCCAAACACAUUUGUAGUUAAGGAGCAAUACCACAACAGUGUUAAUUACAGUGUCAAGUCUCUUAUAAGUCUGUAAUACUCUUGAACUGUGUCUCCUUCUGCCUGUUUGGAAUGACCUACACAAAAGAUCAUUUUUAAACACGUGCUAAUUUUUUUAAUUAAUCUCCAUUCAGGCUGCAACUGCGUUAUCAAAUGAAUCCAUUACCAUCAAAGGCAGGCAGUUCUUUAUACUGAAGAUGAUUGGACGCGGUGGUUCCAGCAAGGUAAAACACUAGCAGAGAAUUCAUGGUGUCAUCCAGCAUUUUUUGUCUCUGUCUUUGAGUAGUCGUUUGCAGCUAUAAAAACAAUGAUCAUUUUCUGUUCCCUUUAGGUCUACCAGGUCCUGGACCACAAAAAGCAGCUGUUUGCUGUGAAAUAUGUUAACCUUGAGGAGGCUGAUGCUCAGACUGUAGAAAGCUACAAAAACGAGAUUGAACAUUUGAACCACUUGCAGCAGUACAGCGAUCAAAUUAUAAAACUCCAUGACUAGUAAGUUCAUUGUCUUCCCCAUGAUAAAAGCAUCAGUGUGUCACAUAAAAAUCAAUUUAAAUCUCUCUUUCUUUUUUAUGCUAGACCAUUGUCAUACUAGUCUUUACUGCGUAGCCAGCAAACAUUUGAAUAUUGUGGUCUGUUCAUCUCUAAAUUAAAUGAGGCUUGAAAUAAUGAUUUUACUGUUAAUGUGUUUGCAGUGAAAUAACAAACAGCUACAUCUACAUGCUAAUGGAGUGUGGGAACAUUGAUCUGAACACUUGGUUGCGAAACCGCAAAUCUGUGAAUCCACUGGAGAGAAAGUUCUACUGGAAGAAUAUGCUUGAAGCCGUCCAGACCAUCCACAAACAUGGUUCUUUUUUUUUCUUUUUGUUUCUCCCACUGCUGUUUCGUCAGUGAUCUUCAGUGAUUGUUCUAUGAAAUGUUACACUCAAAUAACCAAGAGGGCCUAGUCUUUGUCUGAAUGCAUAUGUCUGAUGUUUUUUCUUUGUAGGGAUUGUCCACAGUGACUUGAAACCUGCCAACUUUGUCAUAGUGAAUGCUUCCCUCAAACUGAUCGACUUUGGUAUCGCUAACAGGAUCCAACCAGAUGUCACAAGUAUUAUGAAGGAUUCACAGGUAUGAUCUUUGUUAUGUCAGAACUUGCAGCCAUGGUGGCUGGACUGAAUUUUUGUAUAAAUCAAAGGUAGUGUGAACACCAACAUGCUCACUAAUCUGCAUCAUCAAAAAUGUAUGUUCUUUUCAAUAAGUACAACUUGGCAGAACAUCUAAACACUAAUAGCUGGAUCAGUUCUCCAUUAUAAUGUGUUUGACUUUUUUGUUAAACGCAGGUUGGAACCCUGAACUAUAUGCCACCUGAGGCAAUCAAAGACACUUCAUCCCAGCAUGGAAAGGCACGCUCCAAGGUACUCAUACCAGCUUGAUCCAUCAAGCAAAUAUUAGAUUAAAUCAAUUUGUUUAAAAGAAAAGAUUAAAAAACAUCUUUCUUCAUUUUCUCCAAAAGAUCAGCCCCAAAGGUGACGUGUGGUCCCUUGGAUGCAUCUUGUACUGCAUGACCUAUGGAAAAACUCCCUUCCAGAGCAUAACAAAUCAAAUUGCAAAGCUGCAUGCCAUCAUUGAUCCCAGCCAUAAUAUUGAAUUUCCCGACAUCGCAGAGAAAGAUUUGCUGGAUGUGUUAAAGGUAAGAGGCCAUGACAUUGCUGCUUCAAGAGUGGACACAAAGAGUCAAUUUGUUGGUGUUUUGUAUUUGAUUAUUAAAUUACAGGUUCACCACUCACUAACCUUUAUAGCUGUAAUGUUGGGUUCAUACUUGUUGUAGAUCUUGCAUGUUUAUCUAUUCUUCUAAAAGGGCAAGGAAAGGGUUUAUUUAUUUAUUUUUUUCUAUUCUGUUAGUGGGAAAUGAAUACCUGCAAUCUGAACAGUUAGCAGACAGGCACCAUUAUAUUUAAUACUGAUUUAUCUUUUUAAAUCAGAUUGUCCCAACCAUUACCUAAGAACCUAAUUAACCUAAUUGUUUCUACUGUAUUUGAGCUUUUAAGGAUAAAGAACAAUGAUCAAAAAAUACUUUUAAACAUAAACUAGAUUGUUUACUUGAACAGUUAGCGGACAGGCAACUUUUUUUAUUAUUAUUAUUUUUUUUACUAUCAAUCAAUCAUGAUCAAAUUAACUCCAAAUGUAUUUUUUUUUUAUGACUCCUUGCCAUUGCCAUUUUGAUGUACCAUAAAUGCAGGUUCAUCAAUCAAAACCGACUUUCCUGUUGGUGAAGUGAUAGAAAUACAAACAAGCUGUUUUUGUGACCUUGUUGUUUCAGAGGUGCUUGGUACGAAACCCCAAGGAGAGAAUCUCUAUUGCAGAGCUGCUGGAGCAUCCCUAUCUGCAACUAAAGCCACAAGCAGCACCUGAACCUGGUAAACAUGCACACAAAUACACACCUAUCAAAAACAAGUAAAUAAUAAUAGUGCAUUUUAUUUAUAGACACCUUACAGGACACUUAAGGUGACCUUACAAUGAACAAUGAAAAUGACAAUUAAAAUACACAUCAAAAAAGUGUUUAAUCAAGCCUGUUACGGCCACUUUUACUGCCCAUUUGUGAGAUUGACAUCUACACACGUCACCUGUUCCAGAGCCUACAUGUAACACUGAUCUAAAGAGGAUUCUCACAGACCUUGCAGCCCUGCAGUCUCCAAACAGCAUCAUCAGAGCUGCCAACGUAGGUUUACCAGAUUAAUUGUUGGUGAAACUUCUUCGGUCAAAAGUGUCGCAGCUACUAACUCGGCUUUCUGUUUUUCACAGAAUCUGGCAAAGAUGUGCAGCAGUGGCAGGAAGCUGGAUGUUGCAGAGUGUGCAAAAUCAACCUAACACAUGGAAAAUAUACUGUAGACACUUCUUUGUCCUUUUCAUUUUUUGUUUUACUUUCUUGAGCCCCCUUAACAUUUUGUACUUCUAAGUCUUCUCGUUGAUUUUUUUUUUUAAGUCUUAGUCUCUCAGUAAAACAGCUGAUUCAAGUAAGCAUGCAUAAAAACACCACUAAUGCCAAGUUGCUACUACAUUUAAGUUUACCAGAAAUAUUUUGUAAAAAUAUGAAUUCAUGCAUCUCUAACUUGUGUCUAUGUACAGUCACUUCUGACACCAUUAAACCAAGAUAAAAUUGCUCAACUCUAGGGCUCAGUCAUUUAAUAAAUCAUACCUACACAGGGCCUCAAGUACUGGCACGCUCGUUCCUUUUUAUAUUGUCAAAAACUAUGAAAAAUAAAAUAAACAUGACAGGAACUUGGGUUAUAACACAUUGUAAACUCAAACCUUGA